AAUUGUUAGGUUCUUCUAUAAGACAUCAUAAUCGCAGCGUUUUAAAGUCACCCUUUUUCUCUUUUGGGCCGUACGAGAAAGUUUGAAACUCUCUCUCUCUCGCUCUGGGUCUGCAGAAGAAGAAAAAGCUCGGCAAUUUCAAUGUUUUCUCAGAACAGAGAACCCAGUUCUUGAGCUUUCUGUUUCAGGAUUUGAUUGGUCAUGGCCACCAACAAAGUCAUAGCUAUAUGCCAGUCAGGUGGUGAGUUUGUGACUAUCAAAGAUGGUACGUUAUCGUAUUCUGGUGGCGAUGCUUUUGCGAUACAUAUUGAUCAGAACACUUCAAUGAGCGAUUUCAAGUCAGAGUUGGCGGAGAAUUUUGGGUUUGGUUUGGAGGCAAUGACUCUUAAGUAUUUUCUCCCUGGAAACAAGAAGACCCUUAUUACCAUCUCUAAGGAUAAGGAUUUCAAACGCAUGGUCACCUUUUCUGCUGAUGCAGGGACUGUCGAGAUCUUCGUCAUUCCUGAGGAAGUUGCUGCCAAAAAUCUCUCCACCAUGCCAGCCAGUAGGUCUAGUAGGACAACGGCAUCAGAAGGGGUGGUACCUGCAGUUUGUACUGCAGGAGAUGUUGUCGAGGAGGAUAUAUCAGAUGAUUUUCAAAUUGAAAUGGAUAUGCCUGAUGAUAGUCCUUUACCGUGCAAUUUUGUUUUGGUUGAUCAGAAACAUAACACAGGGAUACAGCAGUGGGAAAACGUCAUCACGGGUGUUGAUCAACGGUUUAAUACCUUUAUUGAAUUCAGAGAUGCAUUGCACAAGUACUCAGUCGCCCAUGGUUUUGCUUACAGAUACAAGAAAAUUGACAGCCAUCGAGUUUCUGUUAAAUGCAAAGCUCAAGGUUGUCCAUGGCGUAUCACUGCAGCGAGGCUAUCAACGACUCAGUUGAUAUGUAUCAAGAAAAUGAACCCAAGGCACACGUGUGAGAGAGCAGUCAUCAAACCUGGUUACCGUGCAACUAGAGGAUGGGUAAGAACCAUCUUGAAAGAGAAGUUGAAAGCCUUCCCAGACUACAAGCCCAAGGAUAUUGCUGAGGACAUAAAGAAAGAGUAUGGUAUUCAGUUGAAUUACUCACAGGCAUGGAGAGCGAAAGAGAUUGCCCGAGAGCAGCUCCAAGGUUCUUAUAAAGAGGCGUAUAGUCAGCUUCCCUUAAUCUGUGAGAAGAUGAAGGAGACAAAUCCUGGCAGUAUUGCCACUUUCAUGACAAAGGAAGAUUCGAGCUUUCAUCGUCUUUUCAUAUCGUUUUAUGCUUCAAUAUCUGGGUUUAAACAAGGUUCCCGUCCUCUUCUUUUCCUUGACAACGCUAUCUUAAACUCAAAAUACCAAGGGGUUAUGCUCGUUGCAACAGCUUGCGAUGCUGAAGAUGGCAUAUUUCCAGUAGCCUUUGCUAUUGUGGAUUCAGAGACAGAAGAGAACUGGCUUUGGUUUUUGGAACAACUCAAAUCUGCAUUGUCUGAGUCGCGAAGAAUCACAUUUGUUGCCGAUAUCCAGAAUGGUCUGAAGAAUGCAAUAGCGCAGGUCUUUGAAGAUGCACACCACGCAUAUUGUCUACGCCAGCUCGCUGAAAAAUUAAAUGUGGACUUGAAGGGGCAGUUUUCUAAUGAAGCAAGACGGUAUAUGCUCAAUGAUUUCUACUCUGUGGCGUAUGCAACAACACUAGAGGGUUAUUACAGUGCCUUGGAGAAUAUAAAAAGUAUAUCUCCUGAUGCUUACAACUGGGUUAUAGAAAAUGAACCGCACCAUUGGGCAAAUGCCCUAUUCCAAGGAGAGAGAUAUAACCAGAUGUACUCAACCUUUGGGCUAGACUUUUACAGCUGGGUAUCUGAAGCACAUGAGUUUCCCAUUACCCAAAUGAUUGAUGAAUUUCGAGCAAAGAUGAUGCAAUCAAUUUAUACCCAUCAGGUUGAAUCACGGGAAUGGGUCACAGCUCUAACACCAUCUAACGAGGAGAAGUUACAGAAAGAAAUAGAACUUGCGCAUUCACUUCAGGUUUCAUCACCAGAAGGUAGCUUAUUCCAGGUUCAUGGAGGAGAAUCUUCUGUCAACAUAGUUGAUAUCAAUCAGUGUGAUUGUGACUGCAAGAUGUGGCGGCUAACUGGGUUACCUUGUAGCCAUGCGAUUGUUGUUAUCCAAUGCAUAGGGAAAAGCCCAUAUGAGUACUGCUCUACAUACUUAACUGUAGAGAGUCACCGUUUAAUGUACGCAGAGUCGAUUCAACCUGUGCCGAACAUGGACAGGAUGAUGCUGGACGAGGCUCCCGAGGGGUUAGUUAGCGUGACUCCUCCACCAACAAGGAGAACACCGGGAAGACCGAAGAUGAAGAAGGUUGAGCAGUUUGACAUGAUAAAACGUCAGCUACAAUGUAGCAAAUGCAAGGGACUAGGACAUAACAAAAAAACCUGCAAAGCUACUUAGUUAGGAUAUGUGUUGGUUAGUUUUUUUUCAAAGUAGAUGAUUUUGGAUAACUCUUCUCUUUUGUAAUGAAGAAUUAAAAAAUAUCGUUCGUUUCCAAACCAAUGCGAGCUUUUUUAUUUCGCAGCAGAAC